GGGACCUCCCGGUUCCGGCGCGGUAGAGGCCCAAGGAGGUGAACCGUCUCCGGCACCAUGUCUGGUUUGUCUGGCCCACCAGCUCAGCGUGGCCCUUCCCCGUUGGCGGUGCUGGUUUUAUUCCUGCUGGGCCCCAGCUCGGUGCUCGCCAUCUCCUUUCAUCUCCCCGUUAACUCCCGCAAGUGCCUCCGCGAGGAGAUCCACAAGGACCUGCUGGUGACGGGCGCGUACGAGAUCACCGACCAGUCUGGGGGCGCUGGCGGCCUGCGUACCCACCUCAAGAUCACAGAUUCUGCUGGUCAUAUUCUGUACUCCAAGGAAGAUGCAACCAAGGGGAAAUUUGCCUUUACCACUGAAGAUUAUGACAUGUUUGAAGUGUGUUUUGAGAGCAAGGGAACAGGGCGGAUACCUGAUCAGCUCGUGAUUCUAGACAUGAAGCACGGAGUGGAGGCGAAAAAUUAUGAAGAGAUUGCCAAGGUUGAGAAACUCAAACCUUUAGAGGUGGAGCUCCGACGCCUAGAAGACCUCUCAGAAUCCAUCGUUAAUGACUUCGCUUACAUGAAGAAGCGAGAGGAGGAGAUGCGAGAUACCAAUGAGUCAACAAAUACUCGGGUCCUGUACUUCAGCAUCUUUUCAAUGUUCUGCCUCAUUGGACUAGCCACCUGGCAGGUCUUCUACCUGCGUCGCUUUUUCAAGGCCAAGAAGUUGAUUGAGUAAUAAAGCCCAGUGUCCUCCCACCUGUAUCUCAGCCAGCUGAACAUCCCUGGGACGUGCCUCGCCUAAGGCAUCCUGCUGACAGCACCAUCAAGGCACAUUGGAGCUUUCUUGCCAGAACUGAUCUCUUUUGGUGUGGGAGGACAUGGGUUACCACCUACACCCAAUAAGUCAAUGAGGGACUUCUUUUUAACUUCGUAGGAUUUGGACUGGUUUUGCAACAAUAGGACUAUUAUUAGAGUCACCUAUGACAAAAAAUAGGGGUUACCUAGCUAAUGCCAAAGCCAGCAUUUGUACUGGGUUUCCUCAUGUGCUAUGUUUGAACCAUGUUUUCUUUCCUUUUCCUACUUGCUCACCAGCUUGAGCUUCCACUCUAGUUCCUUCACCAAGGUAUGUAUGACCAUGUUGAACUUGUUUCAUUGAUCAUCCUCUUUGGAUUUCUGUGUGAAAACACACUUAACUUUCUCUUGACCCUUAGCUGAAAUGUGUAGGUAGCUUCUGGUGAUACCCUUUCAUAAUUUUAUGUCUCUUAAAAGGGUGAUCAAUGGGACACCUCAUAGAGAGGAGCUUUGAACUGUAGAUAACUCUUAAAGAAGACAUCGUUUUAGAGAAUUAAAAUAUUUGUGCUUAACUGCCUGAACCUUUUUCCUGUAUUUACGUGUGUUUAGUUCUAUGCAGUUUUGUCAGGUAGAGAUUUGUGUGAUCACCACUGCAAGAUGCAGAACAGUCCAACUCUUGUAUUCUUUGUACUACUACCCUUUUAUAACCAUGGCCACCUCCCUUCCUUACCCCAGAGCCCCACCUUCUGGCAACCACUGAUCUGUUCUCUAUCUCUAAUUUUGUCAUUUCAAGAACAUUUUAUAAAUGCAAUCAUAUAGCAUGUAGCCUUCUGAGAUUGGCUUUUUGAACUCAGCAUAAUUUCCUUGAAAUCCAUCCAAGUUGUUGCAUGUUACCAGUAGCUUGCUCCUUUUUAUUGCUCAGUAGUAUUCCACGGUAUGGAUGUACCACAAUUUGUUUAACCAUCCCCCCACCGAAGGACACUGGGGUUGUUGUCAGGUUUUGGCCAUUUCUAAUAAAGCUGCUGUGAACUUUCAUGUACAGGAUUUCAUGUGAACAUAAAUACUUAUUUCUCUGGGAUAAGUGCCCAAGAGGGCAAUAUGGUAAGCACGUGUUUAUUUUUGUAAGAAACCAUCCUACUCUUUUUCCAGAGUGACUGCCAUUUUACCUUCCCACCAGCAAUGUGUGACCAAUCCAUUUUCUCCAAAUCUUCACCAGUAUUUGCUAUUACCGUUAUUUUUAUUGUAGUCAUUCUAAUAGGUGCGUGUAGUAAUACCUCAUUAUGGUUUUGAUUUGCAUUUUCCUAACGGCAAAUGAUGUCGAACAUCUUUUCAUGUGCUUAUUUGCCAUCUAUUUUCCUCAAUGAAAUACCUAUUCAUAUCCUUUUUGCCCAUUUUCUAAUUAGAUUGUUCUUUCUACAUUAAGUUUUGAGAGUUCCUUAUACAUCCUAGAUACAAAUCCUGUCAGAUAUGUGGUUGCUUGAAUUUUUUUUUAGAUUUUUGUUUUUUUUUCAAGUAAUCUCUACACCCAACAUGGGUGGGUCUUGAACUUACAACCCCGAGAUCAAGAGUCGCAUGCUCUACUGACGGAGCGUGGUUGCUUGAAUUUUUAACUUCUACCAAGGAAAAUACAAGUAAAAUUUACCAACUCUUCUUACAUGCCCAGUCACUGACUUAAUUCCUGUCCUUAUGUGUUCUAUCUAACAAAUUAAGACAUACGAGGUACACACACACACACACCCCUGGGAGGAUUAUGAAUAGAGUAAAUACUUGAAAAUGCAUGUUGUGAAAGCAAAGCCAAGAAUCACUGUUGGAAUAUAAGGUGCCUAAAGGCCAAUACUAAUAUAAGUAAGUGAAGGCAUGGAUACAAAUGACUGUGUUUGUAAACAGUUACGAAAAAUACUACCACUUGAAAAUGUCUCCACUCCACCCUAGAAAGUGGGUGGGAGUUUGUCCUUUUUUUUUCUUUUAAUGUUUAUUUAUUUUUGAGAGAGACAGAGACAGAAUGCGAGUGGGUUAGGGGCAGAGAGAGGGAGACACAGAAUCCGAAGCAGGCUCCAGGCUCUGAGCUGUCAGCACAGAGCCUGAUGCGGGGCUCGAACUCACGAGCUGUGAGAUCAUGACCUGAGCCGAAGCCGGUCACUCAACCAACUGAGCUACCCAGGUGCCUUGGGGAGUUUGUCCUUUCUAUAAUUUCUUUUUCAACCCCUACUGUUAUAGGGCUUGUCUAAUCACAGUGGUAAGAAUUACAGGACUUAGGGCAUAGCACUUGCAGUUAAGAAGCAGUGUUAGAAUUAACAGAGAACACUGCCGUGGUGACCAGGAUAAAGUAGAAAAGUAGAAGAGGAAGUGAAUUAUGUUGUUGAAAUCUCAGGCUGUUCUAUUAAUGUUCCAGCUACUGUGAACCCAAAGCCCUUCCCCCCGGCUCCCUGUAUGAAUUCCUCUGGUGUGGCUGAGCGGUUCUUUCAUUAAUUCGUGCGACAUUGCCAUCUGCUGGUAGGAAUUGAUAGGUACAGCGUCUGAGAACCUGGCAGCCAAAUCUUCGCCAUAACGAGAGCAGAUGUUGAGAAAGUCUACAUGUGGUAUUACAUAUACUAGACAACAAAGGAUACAUCCAAGUAGGGAAGAGAAUAACCGAAUUUGUGGGUCAAAUCCAUUCUUAGACAUGUAAAGGUCAAGUUCUGUUCCAUACCAUUAGCCUAAUAAACUCUCGUAUUUCUGACUGGUGCCUUCCCCCUUUUCCAGAAGCAGUGAAAGUUCUUCAGUUGAUUAUCCUUUUGCUCUGAUAAAAUGACAAAAAGAUAGACGAGGAGAAUAUUUUAUUUUGCUGAUCUUUUUGUUCCCGAAUGUGACUUUGUGAAACGGAUUUUUUUUCCAUGUCCUUCCCUUUUACUCAUGCCAAAAACACCAACUUGGACAUUGUGCUUUCAGUUUAAAGUUCAUUGAUAAUUACACUUUGAUUUGAUUGAAAAAGUAAAAAUUACUUAAUUUUAUAAAAGCCUAGUGCAAGAACAAAUCAGCUUUAAAAAUGGGGAUGUUAUCUGCUUUCCUCCAUUUUGAGCCCAUUCAACACAGUCUAUAUAAUAUACAUAGGAACAAUACAGUUUAAGCAUUGUUAUACCACUGUCAUAAACCCCUGUCGUAAGCCAUUUUUCUGUUUGUUUAAUGGAAAGAGGUGUGUGGGAUUUCUACAGAUUUACUUGUAAGUUUGGAUUGGGGAUUUUUGUGUACAUUUUCUCAAAUAAACGCUAGCAGAAACCA